AUGAAGAAAUUUAAUUUUCGCAAAGUUUUGGAUGGUUUAACUGCCUCAUCCCCUGGUGGAAGCAGUGGUGGUGGCAGUGGUGGUGGAAGUGGGGCUGGUGGUGGCUCCGUGCACCCAGGAGGGACUGCAGGAGCUGCAGGGACUCCCAGAGAUGAGAUCCAGGAGACGCUCACUUCAGAUUAUUUCCAAAUUUGUAAGACGGUGCGCCAUGGUUUUCCUUAUCUACCCACUGCCUUAGCUUUUGACCCAGUUCAGAAAGUUCUGGCAAUUGGAACAAGAACAGGAGCCAUACGAAUAUUGGGCAGGCCUGGUGUUGAUUGCUACUGCCAACAUGAAAGUGGUGCUGCAGUCCUGCAGCUCCAGUUCUUAAUCAAUGAGGGUGCUUUGGUCAGUGCAAGUGCAGAUGAUGCACUUCAUUUGUGGAAUCUCCGACAGAAACGGCCAGCUAUCCUACAUUCUCUGAAAUUUAACAGAGAAAGGAUUACUUACUGCCAUCUACCUUUCCAGAGUAAAUGGCUUUAUGUUGGAACAGAGAGGGGAAAUACACACAUUGUAAAUAUUGAGUCCUUCAUUCUUUCUGGAUAUGUUAUCAUGUGGAACAAGGCAAUAGAACUAUCCACAAAGACUCACCCUGGACCAGUGGUACAUUUAAGUGACAGCCCAAGAGAUGAGGGAAAACUAUUGAUAGGCUAUGAAAAUGGGACUGUCGUACUCUGGGACUUACGAUCUAAAAGAGCUGAUUUGAGAGCUUAUUAUGAUGAGGCUAUUCAUUCUGUUGCUUGGCAUCAUGAAGGGAAACAGUUCAUGUGCAGUCACUCUGAUGGCAGCUUGACCCUAUGGAAUCUGAAAAGUCCUAACAGACCAUUCCAGACCACAAUUCCACACGGAAAAAUUCAAAGAGAUGGAAAAAAACCUGAGUCUUGUAAACCAAUUCUUAAAGUAGAGUACAAGACCUGUAAAAACAGUGAACCAUUUGUGAUAUUUUCUGGUGGACUGUCAUAUGAUAAGGCUUGCCGAAGACCAAGCUUAACAAUCAUGCAUGGGAAAGCAAUUACAGUUCUUGAAAUGGAUCACCCUAUAGUUGAUUUUUUAACUUUUUGUGAAACCCCAUAUCCAAAUGAAUUUCAAGAACCCUAUGCUGUAGUUGUGCUUUUGGAAAAAGAUCUCAUUGUUGUUGACCUGACACAAAGCAAUUUUCCAAUCUUUGAAAAUCCGUAUCCUAUUGACAUUCAUGAGUCACCUGUUACCUGCACAGAAUAUUUUGCGGACUGUCCUCCAGAUUUGAUUCCUGUACUCUAUUCUGUAGGAGCAAAACAUAAAAAGCAAGGAUACAGCAAUAAGGAGUGGCCUAUCAGUGGCGGAGCAUGGAACCUUGGAGCUCAGACAUAUCCCGAAAUCAUUAUUACAGGCCAUGCAGAUGGAUCAGUAAAGUUUUGGGAUGCUUCUGCCAUUACUCUACAGAUGUUGUACAAAUUAAAAACAUCAAAGGUCUUUGAAAAACAGAAACUGGGAGAAGGAAAAGCAACAGCUGAGAUUGUGGAAGAAGAUCCUUUUGCUGUUCAGAUGAUGUACUGGUGUCCUGAAAGCCGAAUUUUCUGUGUGGCAGGAGUUUCUGCAUAUGUGGUUGUUUACAGGUUCAGCAAACAUGAAGUAAAUACUGAAAUUGCAUCAUUAGAAGUACGACUUCAGUAUGAAGUAGAAGAUAUCAUUACUCCUGAACCGGAAAUAAUUCCUCCAUUUCCAGAUGCCUCCUCCCAGCUUCCUUCUUUAAAGAGCCUUUCAGGCAGUACCAACACUGUAGCAUGUGAAGGAACGAUGAAGGAUAGUAUCCCAUGUCUUAGCGUUAAGACUCGACCUGUGCGAAUGCCUCCUGGAUACCAAGCAGAUCUUGUUAUUCAGUUGGUGUGGGUGGAUGGUGAGCCUCCACAGCAGAUUACCAGUCUUGCUGUAAACUCUGCUUAUGGACUAGUGGCAUUUGGAAACUGCAAUGGUUUGGCUGUUGUGGACUUUAUGCAGAAGACAGUACUGCUGAGCAUGGGAACACUUGACCUAUAUGGAUCAAGUGAUCCAUACCAGCGUCAACCCCGUUCACCUCGCAAGAGCAAGCAGUUUGCUGCAGACAACUUUUGCAUGCGUGGCCUGUCUAACUUUUAUCCAGAUUUAACGAAACGGAUCCGUACUUCCUAUCAGAGCCUGACUGAACUCAGUGACAGUCCAGUUUCCCUGGAGCUAGAGCGUUGCAAGUCUCCCACUUCAGAUCAUGUGAAUGGUCACUGUACAAGUCCAACAUCCCAGAGCUGCGGUUCAGGAAAACGACUUUCCAGUGCAGACGUCUCAAAAGCAAACCGCCGAGGGCCUGGAAGGCCCCCCUUCAGAAAAGCACAGUCUGCAGCCUGCAUGGAGAUUUCUCUCCCAGUCACCACAGAAGAAAAUAGGGAAAACUCCUUCAGCCGUUCCCGAAGCUCCAGCGUGUCCAGCAUUGACAGGGACUCAAAGGAGGCAAUUACGGCUUUGUACUUCAUGGAGUCCUUUGCCCGAAAGAAUGACUCUGCUGUCUCGCCCUGUCUCUGGGUUGGAACGGGCCUCGGUAUGGUCUUAAUCCUCUCCCUUAAUCUGCCUGCUAGUGACGAUUUGCGGCAGUCAGAGCCGGUCAUGGUGUCGCCAAGUGGCACAGUUCUGACACUGAAAGGAGCCGUGCUGACCUUCGCGUGCUUGGACUGCAUGGGGACGUUGACACAUCCACCGUAUGAAGUAUGGAGGGACCCACACAGUGCUGACGACGGUGAAAAAACAAGAAAAAGGAAACUUGUCAUGCAUUCCCCUUCCUCCUCCCAGGAUAUGGGUGAUCAUCAAUUUGCAGUCAUUUGUUCAGAAAAACAAGCCAAAGUCUUCUCAUUGCCUUCCCAAACAUGUCUUUAUGUCCACAACAUCACUGAAACGUCCUUUUUAUUGCGAGCAGAUGUGGUCACCCUCUGUAACAGCGUCUGUCUGGCGUGCUUUUGUGCCAAUGGGCACAUCAUGACACUGAGCUUGCCCAGCCUUCGCCCACUGCUGGACAUCAACUAUUUGCCCGUAACAGACAUGAGGAUAGCGCGGACCUUUUGUUUCACUAACGAAGGGCAAGCUUUGUAUCUCAGCUCUCCCACAGAGAUCCAGCGCCUGACGUACAGCCAGGAGAUGUGUGACAAUCUGCAGGACAUGCUUGGGGAUUUGUUUACUCCUGUGGAAACACCAGAAGCCCAAAACAGAGGCUUUCUCAAAGGACUUUUUGGAGGAAGUGGACAAGCUUUUGACAGAGAGGAGCUUUUUGGUGAGGCCACGGCAGGAAAAGCCUCUCGCAGUCUUGCCCAGCACAUCCCUGGAUCAGGUGGAAUUGAAGGCGUGAGAGGAGCUGCAGGAGGCGUCAUUGGGGACUUGACUCGUGCACGCAUUGCCCUUGAUGAGAGAGGACAGAAACUGGGAGAGCUGGAUGAAAGGACUGCGAGCAUGAUGGCCAGCGCAGAGGCAUUUUCCAAACAUGCACACGAGGUGAUGCUGAAAUACAAGGACAAAAAGUGGUACCAGUUUUAG